AUGGCCACCAUCGCGGCAUCCACCGCCGCAGCGGCAGGUCUGCUUUACUACGCCGACCAACGCAUCGGCAUCAGCAAGGAUAUCCAAAAUUAUCGCCAUGAAAAAGCCUUCACGAAGCGUAUGUUCGAAUACAUCGAUAAACUCGGCCCCCAGUCAACUCACAUAUAUCGCAUGCUGGAGCUCUGCGACCCAAAUGCCGACGCAUUGUGGUUCGAGGGCCGCUCGUGGAAUUUCAGAGCACUCAAGGCUCAGGUCGAUGAACUCGCCCUCGGCUUGAAGGAGGGCCUGGGUGUCAAAGAUGGCGACAUUGUCGCUGUAUUCAUGACGAACUCGCCCGAGAUGGUCGCUGUCAUCUAUGCUCUGACGAGGUUGGGGGCCGCGCCGGCAUUAAUCAACAACGCACUGAGGGACGACACAUUAUUGCACUGUGUGCAGCUUCCGAAAUCAAAGCUCAUUAUCAGCACCCCGGAUCUGGCUGGGUACGCGGCAUCGGCAGCGCAGUCAAUGGGUGGCGGAGAUGUCAAGACGGUGAGGCUGAACCUGGGUUCUUUUCGACCGCCACCGCCCUCCAGCGACAAUGCGGCCGUCAUCGACUUUCCCUUUCCAGACCCAUCCCGAACAUCAACCUCGUCGUUACCCCCGACACCACCCAAAACCCUCGCGUCGGUCGCCGCUCUGAUCUACACGUCCGGGACCACUGGCAAACCCAAGGCCUGCAGCAUCAAAAACGGCCUCAUCUGUGCUGUCGGAGGCACCUCUUCCGCUGACGCCGCCAACCCCAAGAAAUACCUGAAGGGCCUCCGCAUAUAUUCAUGCAUGCCCCUUUUCCAUGGCACCACAUUCUUCGCCGGCAUGUGCUACUCCGUGGGGCAGGGAGGCUGUUUCUGUUUCGCGCGGAAGUUCUCGGCCAGGGGGUUCUGGAAGGACGUGCACGAAUCGCGCGCCACGAGGAUUCUCUACGUGGGCGAACUGUGUCGCUUCCUUCUCGCCACGCCGCCGGGGCCGUACGACCAGAACCACAAGGUCAUCGUGGCCGCGGGCAACGGCCUGCAGAAGGACGUCUGGGUGGCCUUCCAAGAGCGCUUCAAUGUCCCCGAGGUCCGUGAGUUCUACCGCUCCACCGAAGGGCUCGUCAAGUUCGACAACGUACACCACAAGGGUCGGCCGGGGGCCGGAAAAGUCGGGUACAUGGGUCCGCUGCGGAAGAAGAUCCUGGAGAAGGACCAAUUCAUCAUCCGAUUCGACUACGACACCGAGUCGCCGGUGCGCGACCCCAAGACCGGCUUCUGUAUCGUGUGCCCCAAGGGCGAGCCCGGCGAGGCCAUCGCGCGCAUCUACAACCUGGCGACGUACACGAACUACCACAACAACGAGGCGGCCACGGAGCAGAAAUUCCUCCGCGACGUGUUCGAGAAGGGCGACCUGUUCCAGCGCAGCGGGGAUCUGCUGGUCCAGGACCCCGACAACUGGGUGCGGUUCGUCGACCGCAUCGGCGACACGUACCGCUGGAUGGGCGAGAACGUGUCCGCCGGUGAAGUCAGGGCGUUCAUCUCCGAGUUGCCGGGCGUCAAGGACGCCGUGGUAGUCGGCAAGCGCCUGGCCAAGUACGACGGACAGGUGGGCACGGCGCUGAUCGUGCUCGAUCCGACAGCGGUCGACGGCGGUCGCAGCAACGGCGACAUCGAGAAGCAAGCUCUGGCCGGGGAGAAGGUGUUCAUGGACCGCCUGUUCCACGCGCUGAGAGGCAAAGGCGUGCCGCGGUACGCCGUGCCCCGGCUGGUCAUGGUGCGCGGCGAGCUCGUCGACGUGGGCGACACCUUCAAGCACGCCAAGAUGGUGGUCAAGAACAUCGACUGGGCCGCGGCCGGCACCACCGCCCGGAAGUAUUACCUGGACCUUGAGGAGGAGCGGUUCAAGGAACUGGACGCCGAGAGCUGGAGGCGCAUCGACGAGGGGCGGGCCAAGUUGUAG